GUGGAAUAAGUGUAAUUAAUCAUUUAUUUUUGAUACCACAAAAAAUAGACUGACGCUGGUGCUGUGCCACCAUCCCUAAUUAUACAUUGUGGUGAUUAAUAAAUAGUGUGCAUUUUAAUAUGUGUAAAACAAAACAAAAUAGCUUUUAAAUAGGAAGAUUAAAUUCCAACUUUUUUCAAUGCGGUAUUAUAUUUGAUUUACUUUUUCACUGCAUUGCAUGAUUAUCGUCUCACGUGUUUUUUCCAUGUCAUUACGUCCUUGGUGUAGAAUAUCAACAGACAUCUUCUGUUUUAGAUAAAAGUCAUAAGGCCAUCCAUUUAGUCAUAUCUUUGCUCGUCAUGUCAGACAUCUGACUCAAGAUUAUCUGUCACCCUUGAACUGUUUUAUCUCCUUUCACUUCAUAAUCCUUGUUUCCUAAACUGAUUGUCUCUAUUCACGUACGGUGCGUUUGUUUCAUCAUCAAAGUGCCAAAAUUGACUAUAUUUAUCAGUAAAAUCACUUAGCAUUUCUUUUAAUAAAUCUGAUUUUGGAAAGGUUUACGGUAUAACGGUACUGAACACACCAGGCACACUUCCUCUGCUUCCGUCUUACUGUAAGAGCAACAAGCACGAGACAUGCAAAUAAUAUGCAGAUUUUUGGAAAGACGUGUAGAAAUGUGUAGAAAUGCGCUCAGUGUUUUUUGUGUUACACUCAAAGGCUUCUCUCUGAAGGUUGUGAAGGUGUGCCAGAGUUAGGUUUAUUACCCUCAGCAUGGAGCAAAGUCCUCCAGCAGGCCUCCACACUACACCAGCUGUUCUGCACUCGCUUCAGCUCGUCCCUCUCUUCGUCCCCGGGGCAUCCAACAUCUGGCGUAGCCCCCUCUCAUCUGGACUAUGAAUAUUUCAGGUUUUCACCUGGAGAGUCCCCAACCCUCAACUACACACCCUGCAGGAAACACACAGGACCUGACAAUGCUAGAGGAACCGUCAACAUCUGGGGAGUUGAAGCCGGACCCUAGUAUUUGUGUAGAGCCAGAGGAAGCCUGUCCUGUGUGUGGUGACCGAGUGUCUGGGUAUCACUAUGGACUGCUGACCUGCGAGAGCUGCAAGGGCUUCUUCAAGCGGUCAGUACAGAAUAACAAGCACUACACCUGUGCAGAGAAGCAGAGCUGCCCCAUGGACCCAGCACAGCGGAAGAGAUGCCCUUACUGCCGAUUUCAGAAGUGCCUGGCUGUGGGCAUGAAGAGAGAGGCUGUGCGCGCAGACCGAAUGAGAGGCGGACGAAACAAAUUUGGACCUCUGUACAGACGGGACAGGCAACUGAAACAACAGAGAGGAGGAUUUCACCAAAUAAACACCGGUCCCUACAGGAUCAAAUUGGAAGGACCGCAAGCACCUUUACAAGCGCACAAGUUCCACAUCCUGCCUGGUGCUUUCACAUCUGCGCUAGGCUCGGACCCUUUUCACCAAUCACAUGGUCUUUCCCCCAGCAUCAGCCAACCAGAGCUCAUGGUUCUGGACUGCACAUUAAGCAGAGACGGGGCACUGACUGCACCAUCGCUCCCCUGUCCUGGACUCUACCACCCCAGUUUCCAUGGUUUCCCUCAGGAGAAAAGAGAGAUGCCUUACAGCUAUGGCCCUGCUACACUAUGCUCCAUUUCCACACCUGUGCUCACCCCCAGCUCCACCCACACACCAGCGUCAACUCCUACGUCAGAUCCAACACUGUCCCUGUCUCUGACCCCAAACCUGACCUCUGACUCACCGUCAUCCAACACAGGCUUCCUGAAUGAGCUGCUGCAGGGAGAGCCGGAGGAGUCACAGGUCUGUUCACGAGUGGUGGCCAGCCUGAGGAGAGAGCAAGCUAGCCGGGGAAAACACGACCGCCUCAACACCUUCAGCAUCAUGUGCAAAAUGGCUGACCAGACUCUGUUUGGACUGGUGGAGUGGGCACGCAACUGUGCACUGUUUAAAGAGCUCAAGGUAGAGGACCAGAUGGUGCUUCUGCAGAGCUGCUGGAGCGAGCUGCUGGUUCUGGAUCAUCUGUGCCGCCAGGUGGCUUAUGGGAGAGAUGGUAGCAUUUACCUGGUUACUGGACAACAGAUUGAGGUGUCGACUGUGCUCUCGCAGGCGGGGGCGACUCUGAGCAGUCUGGUGUCCAGAGCUCAGGAUUUAGUGUCCAAACUCAGGGCUCUUCGUCUGGACCGACAGGAGUUUGUGUGUCUGAAGUAUCUUGUGCUCUUCAACCCAGACGUGAAGUCGGUGCAGGACCGCAGGCAGGUAGAGCGCACUCAGGAGCGAGUGAACAGGGCUCUGAUGGAUCACACUCUGCACACACACCCAGGCCAGUCGGAUAAAUUCGGCCAGCUCCUUCUCCGGCUGCCUGAAGUGCGCAGCAUCAGCCUGCAGGUGGAGGAGUACCUGUACCAGCGCCACCUGCUAGGCGACCUGCCUUGUAACUCCCUUCUGACCGAGAUGCUACACGCCAAACACACCUGACCUGCCAGUGAGGAUCCAUCAAAUCCAUUUUGCACUUUCUUCCCCUAACCAUGGAUGUGUGAUUUUUUUUUUUCCUGCACCAUCAUCAGUGUUUAGAAGUGCUGCUUCAUCAUCCUCUGACUCAGGACCAGAUAAAACACACACUUUAGCUCUGACAGUAUUGUUAAACACUCCUGCAGUCAAAAAUAAAAGCCCUGAAAUAGGUUUAGUGUCAUUGUUGUA